AGCUGUGGGGAUGUAAGUAAAGGGCCCACUCACCAUGUGCCCUCCUUCAGUCUCCACCAGCUAUUGUUUCUCACUCAAUCAUUACAUUACUUACUCUUCUCUUUGUAUUCUAUUUUGGGUUGCAACUUUGUAUAAUCAACCAAACCAAAACCCUUCAUUCUCUCUUUCAAAAUCAUAAAAUUUAAACCCUCUCUCUCUGUCUCUCUCUCCCUUAACACAAUGUCUAACACUGACGGAAUAACUAACGCCGUUAGCAACGGCGCUCUGGUGGUGAAGAAGCCUCCGUCGAAGGACCGUCACAGCAAGGUCGACGGUCGCGGACGACGGAUACGGAUGCCGAUCAUAUGCGCCGCACGUGUGUUCCAGCUCACACGUGAGCUUGGCCACAAGUCCGACGGUCAAACCAUUGAGUGGCUCCUCCGCCAGGCCGAGCCUUCAAUCAUCGCCGCCACCGGCACCGGCACCACCCCGGCCACCUUCUCCGCCGUCUCCGACCACAAACCCUUGCUCCCUCCCUCUCCCUUCAUUCUCGGAAAGAGGAUACGACCCGACGACGACGACGCCGCCGCAAAGGACGACGCCACCGCCGUCUCCUUAGUCGGACCUCCCACUCCCGCCGGUCUCUGGGCCCUUCCGGCCAGGCCAGACUUCUGGAGUUUCGCCGCAGCUGCACCACCGGAACUCAUGUCGCAGCAACAGCAUGGUUCGUUGUUUCAUCAUCAGCAACAGCAACAACAACAACAACAAGCCGCCAUGGGAGAAGCUUCAGCGGCGAGGCUGGGGAAUUACCUUCCUGGACAUCUGAAUUUGCUGGCUUCGUUGUCCGGAGGACACGGAAAUUCUGGCCGGAGAGACGAAGAGCCUCGUUGAAUUGGGAAUUAUGGUGGAAGAUGGUGGUGGUUGGCGAUGGUGGUGAUCUUCGUAUAUAUAAUAUUAUGUGUGUGUUUUUUUGUCUAUGGCUGUGGCUUUGUUAUUGUGUGUGGACAAGCAGAAAAUUCUUAGUGAAAUUUUAGGGUUAGUUUUUUUUUUUUUUUUUAAUUGUUUUAGUUUUUGAGUGGAGAAGUCCAUGAAUUAAGGAAUUCAAUUAGGGUUUUUCUGGUUUGGAAAACUGAAAUAGGUUCUUAGAAGAUGAAAAAUUUGUUUAAUUAGAUUAUUUGGGGUUUUAUGGUGGAGGAGAGAAAGCGUGGAUUAGUAUGAUAUUGAUUGAUGAAUAACUAGGGUUUGAGGCUGGAACUGAUUUUCAGAAAUGCAAGUGUAAUGGAAUGAAUUGAUUUGAUAGUUAUUGUGCAAUGCUCCAAGGUGAAUGAAGAUUAAGCUUGGAGUGAUCGUUGUUCAUGUGGUUUUUGAUUUGACUGACUUGCCUAAUUGGGUUUACAAGUUUAGUCAUUGUUGUAGUGAAGUGAUUAGUGCUUGCAAGAUUAUUUAUUUUUCCUAGCCAUAGGUUGAGUGAUUGUGUAUAUGAGAAUCCACACUCACUCCCAUUUUAUUGGAGUACUCUUCUUUCCAAUAUUGAUUGAGAAUUCAUGUUUUUGGCUGUGUAUUGGGCAUCAUUGAGGGGAUUGAGUUCCAUUUAAAGUUGCCAUGGUACGAAAUUGGCACAGUUGAUGGUGCUGUCUCCUUCAAUGUCACCCUCUUUCUGCUUCUUCUCUGUAAGACCUCUGUUUUGAGAUUUUUAUCUGCAAUUCUUAGCCAUUUCUUAGAUUAAUCACCGUGAGAAUAAUGUAUUUUCUUCUAUGUAAGUGGAUUGUUUUGGGGUGUCAGUGAAGUGAAUAAAGAGUUAAAGACCCAUCUUUUAUCUUCCUUUGAAUAUUACUAUUCUUGCCACUUUUUUUUUUCCUUCCGUGUAUAUAAGUGAUUAUGAACUCCUCCUGUUACUAGGCAUCUGAAAUUCCAAAUUGAAUGGUUCAUUCUAUACAUUUUGUUUUCUGAUCUUUAGUACUAUAUAGAUUGUUAAUUUGAAUUUAUUCUUGGAGGUAGGCCUGCUAUAUCAUAAUUCAUUUUGGUGUUUUGAAAUCUUUUCUUUGUUGUCAUUACCAUGGUACUCUCCCUGGGAGCUUGUCCUCUGGCUUUUCAGUAUUUAAGGAAAGAUAAGGUUAGGUGCAUAACUAAGAAGAACAUGGUACCGUUACUAUUUUAGAGUUUUCAUCCUUGGUUAAAAUAAAUAUUAUGUGGUGCAUCUGAUUCAACGAAGUCAAUCUGGGUCUUCGUGCUGAUAUAAGAACUCAACUUUAGCUGAGAUGUUGUAUCUUAUUUAUGACAUAUUUAAGCUGGUCGUUAUGACAUUGGCUUUUAUUGCCACACCCUUGGAAACAACCAUGUGCACCGGUCCCUCUCACUCUCUCUCCGUCUUAUCUUUCCAACAGAAACAUAUACUAUGGUGAAUAGGAGUGGGAAGAAGAAUCAGCUGAAAGCAUUGAUCUCCUGAAACAGUUCCAGGAUUCUAUUUCAAUCUCCCCCAAAUUUAAGUUUCACUUGUUAAGAUGCCUGGCAUGUUUGGAGCAUAAUUUAAAGAAAAUAGGAGGAAGAUGAUUGCUGUGAUUAUAUCUUGGUAACAAAAUAGUAUUUUUUUGUGUCAAU